AUGGCCUUGCAAAUACAACUUCUGAAUCAACAAUUAGUUAGGUUCAAAGAUGGUGACAGAAUGGAAGACAUUGUUAAUAGGGAGAAAGGAAAAAAUUCAAUGUUGAUGACAUUUUUCAAGAAUAAUAAAGCAGACUCCAAUGCGAGAAAAUAUUUGUAUAAGGAUUUUCCCAAACAUUUUACAUGGAAUCGGAGCAACCAUUGUUGGAGGACCGGGAAACAUAAACCAAUGAUUGGUCGACUGGUUUAUGUUAAUCCAACUGAAGGAGGGAGAUACUACCUACGCCUGCUUUUAUGUCAUAUUACCGGGCCUACCUGCUUUGAAGAUUUAUACACAUCCAAUGGUGUAUUACACUCUACAUUUCGAAAAGAAACUCUUGAAAGAGGUUUAAUAGAGACUGAUGAUAAUUUAUCACAAUAUCUUGUAGAGGCUUCCUUAUUUCAAUUUCCUGGUGCACUUAGAAGGUUAUACGUGACGAUGCUGAUUUUUUGUGAACCAGGAAAUGUUCGCAAGUUAUGGGACGACCACUAUAGUUCUCUUUCUGAAGAUAACAGGAAACACUAUGGAUGUGCCGAACGAGAGCAAAAUAUGGUCCUCAUCAAUAUUAUAGUCUUCCUAGAAUCUAUGAGUAAAAAGCUUAGUGAUUACGACCUUCCAAAUGUCAGCACACACAUCGAUUUACAAUCAAGAGGCUAUCGUGAGGUGCAAGAAGAAUACUUUAUAAAUGUGGAAUAUGAAGACUUAUGUAACAGCCGGAUUUUAUCAGGAAUCAAGACUGUUGAUAGUCCCAUGAUAACCGGUACUUCAGAUGAUCGUUAG